UUCGCUGCAUGAAACCAUAUGUUUCAGAAAUGUCAAUAUCUGGCACAAGGAACUUAAUCACUUCAUUAAUAUAUAGCUAUAAGGAAACUUUCAACAUUAUAAUCACCUGCCAAUUUAAGCAGAGAAAUCAUAUUAUCCAUGAUAGGUGAAGUUCAUUCCUUGGAAAUAUUCUGAAAGUUUCUCAAGAGGGCUAAGGUUUUUCUUCAGGAUUGCUUGUCUCCUUGUAUAUAGAGGAAUCUUAUGUAAAAAGAAAUGGGCAAGGUGGGUAUUCUUGCUGGGUGCCUCCAGGCAAUGGUUGCUUGGUUGAUGUUUUGCUUAUUUACUGCUACUUCUGGCAGGGAAAUUUCGCCCAUUGAUUACUGUUCAUCUCCUGGGGUUAAGCUAUACUGGAAGAAUCGUCACAAUCAACGGAGAAUGGUAAUAGAUAAUGGCAUUCUGCAAAUUACUUUGUUGAACCCAACUGGAGAUGUUAUCGGAAUAAAGUACAACGGAAUUGAUAACGUACUUGGAACCCAAAAUGGAGAAGGUAAUCGAGGGUAUUGGGAUGUUGUCUGGAACAUACCCGGAACUCACGUAUCCUAUGACAGGUUAAAAGGAACCAAUUUUAGUGUUGUAAUGGAAGAUGAAAACCAAGUGGAGGUAUCAUUCACUAGAACAUGGAAUGCUUCAGUUGGUAAUUGGACAGCACCUCUAAACGUAGACAAGAGGUAUAUAGUGAGACGUGGGAGCUCAAGAAUCUACAUGUAUACCAUAUUGGAACGAUUAGAAGGGUGGCCUGACAUUGACAUGGAUCAGAUCAGGAUUGUUUUCAAGCUCCAAAAUGACAAGUUUCACUGGAUGGUAGUAUCAGAUGAUAGACACAGGAUCAUGCCAACGCCUAAAGAUUGCCACAAUGGGCAGCGUCUUGCCUAUAAAGAAGCUGUACUCUUGACCAAUCCAGCUAAUCCCAAACUUAGAGGAGAGGUGGAGGACAAAUACCAAUACUCAAGUGAGAAUAGAGAGGACAGGGUGCAUGGUUGGAUAUCGGAGGAUCCACCUGUGGGAUUUUGGAUGAUCACACCAAGUGAUGAGUUUCGUGCAGGUGGUCCUUUAAAACAAGAUCUCACUGCCCAUGUUGGCCCCACUGUUCUCAAUAUGUUUACUAGUACCCAUUACACCGGGAAGGACUUGAAUACAAAAUACAGAGACGGAAAGCCAUGGAAAAAGGUUUUUGGUCCAGUUUGUGUCUAUCUCAACUCAAUUUUAGAUGAUGAGGAUCCCCUGCUACUUUGGGAAGAUGCCAAGGAACAGAUGUUGAUAGAAUUUGAAAGCUGGCCGUACAAUUUUCCUGAGUCGGAGGAUUUACCUACUUCAGAUGAACGAGGAACUGUUUCCGGUCAAUUGUUAGUAAGUGACAGGUACAUCAAUCAAAGGUUAAUGUGGGCUGCGUCUGCUUAUGUGGGUUUGGCACCACCAGGAGAGGUGGGCUCUUGGCAAAGAGAAACCCAGGGUUAUCAAUUCUGGACAAAAGCUAACAGGGAGGGUUUUUUCUUUAUCGAAAAUGUUCGAGCUGGUAACUAUAACUUAUAUGCCUGGGUUCCCGGUAUUAUUGGUGAUUGGAAAUAUGAUGUUGAUGUCCUUGUCAAACCAGGAAGUGAAAUAGAAUUGGGUGUCCUUGUGUACAAGCCACCAAGAAAUGGUCCAACCCUUUGGGAAAUAGGCAUUCCUGAUCGCACUGCUGCUGAGUUCUUUGUGCCAGACACAUGCCCAACACUUGAGAACAAAUUAUACAGCAAUCACCCAGACAAGUUUAGACAGUAUGGACUAUGGGACAGAUACACUGACUUGUAUCCUGAACAUGAUCUUAUUUACACUGUUGGAAUUAGCAAUUAUAGUCAAGAUUGGUUCUUUGCUCAUUUUUCCAGGAAGACAGAAAAUAACACAUAUGAAGCCACCACAUGGCAGAUUAAGUUUGCACUCGAAAAUGUCAAAAGAGAUGGAACCUAUACACUCCAAAUGGCCCUGGCAUCAGCCACUGCAUCAGAAUUACAGGUCCGGUUCAAUGAUCCAAGCAAGAAACGACCACAUUUUACAACUAAACUUAUAGGUAGAGACAAUGCCAUUGCAAGGCAUGGGAUACAUGGAUUAUACUGGUUAUAUAGCAUUAAUGUGCCAGGCUCUCUACUUAGGCAAAACAACACCAUAUAUCUAACACAAUCAAGAGGUUCAGGCCCUUUUCGCGGAGUUAUGUAUGAUUAUAUUCGGUUGGAAGCACCUUCAGAGCAUACUUGGUUAGCUAGCUACUGAAGGAGAUGAAAUUGCUUCUAGAUUUAAAGUAGAAAACAAGAAAAUCUAAAAGCAGACUGGCACAUUAAUAUGGGAGAUAUUGUAACAGAUAUUUUUGUUGUGUUAUUAUGGUUUAGGCUUUAUGAGGGGCAGUCUAACAGAUAUAUUAGAAGGGUUUGGCUUAAUAUGGGAGAUAUUGUAAUGAAAUUGUUUAAUGUUUGGAUUUGGAAGUUAAUUAUGUGGUAGCUGCUAAAAUAACUGGAACACCGCUUGUCGAUGACCCCAGGACUGGCAUAUUUUGUUCUGAUGUCUAGAAAUGUUAUUGGGGCUCUUUUUUCUUUAUAUUUCUUUUUAUUUAUUUAUUUCGUUCUUUCUAAUAUUAUCAGGUAUAUAUAGUAGCAGACCUAUAUAUAAAUGGCAGGCAAUAAUUGUGUCACGUCUAUGAUAAAGACAUGACUUUGAGUAAAA